AUGUUACCGCUACCGACAAACAGGAAACAGGCAUGUUACCGCUACCGACAAACAGGAAACAAGCAUGUUACUGCUACCGACAAACAGGAAACAGGCAUGUUACCGCUACCAAAAACAGGAAACAGGCAUGUUACUGCUACCGACAACCAGGAAACAGGCAUGUUACCACUACCGACAACCAGGAAACAGGCAUGUUACCGCUACCGACAACCAGGAAACAGGCAUGUUACUGUUACCGACAAACAGGAAACAGGCAUGUUACCGUUACGACAAACAGGAAACAGGCAUGUUACCGUUACCGACAAACAGGAAACAGGCAUGUUACGGCUACCAACAAACAGGAAACAGGCACGUUACCGCUACGACAACCAGGAAACAGGCAUGUUACCGCUACCGACAACCAGAAAACAGGCAUGUUACCGCUACCGACAAACAGGAAACAGGCAUGUUACUGCUACUGACAACAGGAAACAGGCAUGUUACCACUACCAAAAACAGGAAACAGGCAUGUUACCACUACCGACAACCAGGAAACAGGCAUGUUACCGCUACCGACAAACAGGAAACAGGCAUGUUACCGUUAUCGAUAAACAGGAAACAGGCAUGUUACCGUUACCGACAAACAGGAAACAGGCAUCUUACCGCUACUGA